AUGGAGAAAAGCAACUCCCCACCCUACUCUAUUCUCCUUCUCGUCCUCUUCUUCUCAUCCUCCUCCUUCCUCUCCCUUGCCUCCUCGUCGUCGAUUCUAAACGACUCAACGAUCUCGAACCACAGGUCGCUGCCCCACCACAGGAAGAAGGGCGGUCACGUCCAGUACGUGACCCACAACGUCCUCCACUACGGCGCCAAGGCCGACGGAGUGUCGGACUCGACGCCAGCCUUCUCCCAGGCUUGGGAGGAGGCCUGCAAGUCGUCGAGGCCUGCCUCCGUACACGUGCCAAAGGGCACCUACAUGCUGAAGCCCAUCGUGUUUUACGGGCCGUGUCAGAGCAAGAUGUUGUUCCACGUCGAGGGCAAAGUGGUUGGGCCCAAGCAUUAUUGGGAGUUCGGGAAGUCGGGGUUCUGGAUCCUGUUCUACAAGCUCGAGAAGCUCACCAUCCUCGGCGGGACCUACGAUGCUCAGGGGUCCGAUUAUUGGGCCUGUCGAAAGAGCCAAAGCCAGUGCAGUCAAGGGACUAAGUCCAUAACAAUCAUACAGUCCCGAAACGUCGUCGUAAAGGGGAUCAAGUCGCUAAACCCACAGAUGUUCCACCUGGCAAUAGACCACUGCCACCAGGUCCUGCUCAAGAAGCUCUACAUCGAGGCUCCGACCCGGAGCCCGAACACCGACGGGAUCCACAUCAUGUCGUCGGAAGGGAUCACCAUCGCCGGAGCGGUGAUCAAGACCGGCGACGACUGCAUCGCGAUUGGGCCCGGGACCAAGAACGUGCACAUCCGCGGGGUCCAUUGUGGGCCGGGCCACGGGAUCAGCAUCGGGAGCCUUGGGCUGCAUACCCACGAGGCCGGCGUGGAGAACGUGUUCGUGACGGACUCGGUCAUGACCCGGACCCAGAAUGGGCUCCGGAUCAAGUCGUGGGGCCGGAAGACGACCAGCUUCGUCAGGAAUGUGGUCUUUGAGAACAUCGCCAUGGAGAAUUCGUAUAACCCCAUCAUUAUUGAUCAGAAUUACUGCCCCUAUAACAAGAACUGCCCCGGAAUGGGUUCCGGCGUGAAGAUCAGCGGAGUAACGUACAGGAACAUCCAUGGGACGUCGGCGUCCCCGAUCGCGGUGAAGUUCGUGUGCAGCGCCAGCCGGCCGUGCACGGGUCUGCAGCUGCACAACGUGAGGCUGACGUACCACAAAGCAAUCGCGUCGUCGGUGUGCACACAUGCCGGCGGUGGCGUGAGCGGCGUCGUCAGCCCUAGGAGUUGCUUCAGGAAGUGAUGACAUGAUGAUGACUACGUACGCAGAAACGUUGUGACACGUGGAUACACUUCCAUAAUUUUUUUUAGUUUUAUUUAAUUGUUCUGUCAUAAUUUUGCUACCACUAUUAUUAUUGCUUCUCAAUCAAGGUUUUUUUGUUUGUUUGUUUGUAAACUUAAGAGAUCAUUUAAAUUUACUGC